AUGGUGACUAAUCUCAGGGAGCAGCUGUCCUGCUAUGCUUUGUGUCAGGAGGUCCUGAGGGAUCCAGUCUCCACCAGCUGUGGACACUGGUUCUGCAGACGGUGCAUCACCUCAUACUGGGACCAGUCUGAUCCAUCAGGAGAUCCUGCCUGUCCCCAGUGUGGAGAAAGAUCCAGAACAAGACCUGGACUGUGGACACCCAGUCAAACCAGUCCAGUGAACGGCGGUCUGCAGGAGGUUUUAGACGAGCAUAAGAUCAGUCUGAGAAGGAGAUGUGAAUUUGUGACAGAAGGAACUGCUGCAGCAGGAAGUGGAACCCCCCUCAACAGGAUCUACACUGAGCUCUACAUCACACAGGGACGGAGGGAAGAGGUUAAUACCCAACAUGAGGUGUGGCAGCUGGAGGCGACAUCCAAGAUGGAGACCCUCAGUGACACUCCAAUCAAGUGCCAGGACAUCUUUAAACCCUUACCUGGCCAAGACACACACAUCAGAGUAGUUGUGACGCAGGGCGUUGCUGGCAUUGGAAAAACCUUCUCAGUGCAGAAGUUCACUCUGGACUGGGCAGAGGGCUUGGAAAACCAACAUGUCAGUUUUGUGGUUCUGCUUUCAUUCCGGGAGCUGAACUUGAUCAAAGAUGAGCGCUACAGUCUUCUCCAGCUGCUCCGUGUUUUCCAUCCAACAUUACAGACGGUCACAGCAGAGAAGCUCGCCGUCUGUAAAGUCGUGUUCAUCUUUGACGGCCUGGAUGAAAGCAGGUUUUUAUUGGAUUUCCAGAAUAAUGAGGUCGUGUCUGAUGUCACACAGACAUCAUCAGUAGAUGUGCUGUUGACAAACCUCAUCAAGGGGAAUCUGCUUCCCUUGGCUCUCCUUUGGAUAACUUCCAGACCUGCGGCGGCCAGUCAGAUCCCUCCAACAUGUGUCGACAGGGUAACAGAAGUGCGAGGGUUCACUGACCUCCAGAAGGAGGAGUACUUCAGGAGGAGAUCCAGUGAUGAGGAGCUGUGCAGCAGAAUCAUCUCACACAUCAAGGCGUCCAGGAGCCUCCACAUCAUGUGCCACAUCCCAGUCUUCUGCUGGAUCACUGCUACAGUUCUGGAGCACAUGUUGACUACAGACCAGAGAGGAGAGCUGCCCAAGAGCCUGACUGAGAUGUAUUCACACUUCCUGCUGGUUCAGACACAGAGGAAGAAGCACAAGUACAAUGAGAGACAUGACAGGAGCCAGCAGAAACUGAUGAAGACUGACAGGGAAGUUCUUCUGAAGCUGGGCAGGCUGGCGUUUGAACAUCUGGAGAAAGGCAACCUGAUGUUCUACCAAGAAGACCUGGAGGAAUGUGGUCUUGAUGUCAGAGAGGCCUCGGUGUACUCAGGAGUGUGCACAGAGAUCUUCAAAACCGAGUGUGUGCUCUUCCAGAGAAAAGUCUACUGCUUUGUUCAUCUGAGCAUUCAGGAGUUUCUCACUGCAGUCUACAUGUUCCACUGCUACACCAACAGGAACACAAUGGUACUGGCCAGAGUCAUGAGAACACGCAAGAAUAAAGGUGUUCACAAAAAGCCAUCGCUGGAUAUCUUCCUGAAGACAGUCAUGUCUGAAGCCCUGCAGAGCAAAAAUGGUCACUUGGACCUCUUUGUCCGUUUUCUUCAUGGCCUCUCACUGGAGUCCAACCAGAGGCUCUUGGGAGGCCUGCUGGGUCAGACAGAGAGCAGACCAGAAGACAUCAAGAGAGUCAUCAGAAACCUGAAGGAGAUGAACACCAGUAGUGUCUCACCUGACAGAAGCAUCAACAUCUUCCACUGUUUGAUGGAGAUGAACGACCUCUCAGUACAUCAGGAUAUCCAAGAGUUCCUCAAGUCAGAGAAGAGAUCAAAGAAGAAACUCUCUGAGACCCACUGCUCAGCUCUGGCCUACGUGCUGCAGAUGUCAGAGGAGGUUCUGGAUGAGUUGGACCUGAAGGUGUACAACACAUCAGAUGAGGGACGACGGAGACUGAUCCCAGCUGUGAGGAACUGCAGGAAGGCUCGACUUUCUGGCUGUGGACUCUCAGAGACUCACUGGGAAACCGUGGCCUCGGCUCUGAAGUCCAACCCCCAUCUGACAGAGCUGGACCUGAGUGAGAACCAGCUGCAGGAUUCAGGAGUGGAGCUGCUGUCUGCUGGACUGGAGAGUCCAAACUGCAGACUGGAGACUCUCAGACUGAGGGACUGCAGCUUGACAAGGAGCUGCUGUGCUUCUCUGGCCUCGGCUCUGAAGUCCAACCCCCAUCUGACAGAGCUGGACCUGAGUAAGAGCCAGCUGCAGGAUUCAGGAGUGGAGCUGCUGUCUGCUGGACUGGAGAGUCCAAACUGCAGCCUGAAGGCCUGUGAUCUCACACUGGAUCCAAACACAGCGAACAGAUACCUCCGUCUGUCUGAGGACAACAGGAAGGUGACGAAGGUGAGCGAGUGGCAGCCGUAUCCUCGUCACCCAGACAGAUUUACACAGCCUCAGGUUCUGUGUAGAGAAGGUCUGACUGGGCGAUGUUACUGGGAGGUCCAGUGGAGUGGAGUGGUUUCUAUAGCAGUGACUUACAGAGGAAUCACAAGAAGUGGUGAUGACUCUCGGCUUGGAGACAAUAAUCAGUCCUGGAGUCUGUGGUGCUCUGAUCAUGGUAACAGCUACUCUGUCAGACACAACAGGAAGGACACCAGCAUCUCUGUCUGUCCCUGUGGAUCUGACAGAGUAGCAGUGUAUCUGGACUGCUCUGCUGGGACUCUGUCCUUCUACAGAGUCUCUCCUGACAGACUGACACUCCUGCACACCUUCAGCUCCACCUUCACUGAGCCGCUCCUCCCUGCGUUUGCUUUGUGGUCACUUGAUUCUUCUAUUGAGGUUGAGCUGCCAGUUUCUCAGAAACAAACUCUGACCUGAAAGUGUUUAGA